GAUUCGAUACGCGUGGACUGGGGGUGGGGUGUGGCGAAUCUUAGGCUGGGUGACAGCGAGAAGGUGUUAGCGGGAAGAGCGCGCGGGCCGGAGGGUUCCAGAAGUGACUUUACCAGAUGGAUUCUGAGCCCUUUGAAGUUGGACGUGUGGUACGAGAAGCUAUCAACAUCCUUUCCUCUUCCAGGAAUGGAGUCCAGAUCUCAGAGGCGCUUGGCACAAUUAAGUGCUACCUAGGUGGAACUGAAAACCAAGCCCCCCUGAAGGACAGGGAAGAAUUUACCCGUGUGCAUUUUUCUGCCUUUUUGCGAGGUCUUGUCAGUAACCUGAGUCCAGAAUGGAUAGAACUUCUUACCUCUGAUCAGCAGAAGGAAUUAUGGGAUAGCUUUUUCUUGGACGGGCCAGCUGACCAAGCCUUUCUGGUUCUGCUGGACUCCAUCAUUUCUACUGGUCCCAGCUUUCGGCUGAUGAAGGUCAUUAGCAUCCUGGAACAGUUUCUGCAGACUGGAGGCAUGUCGGCUCUGAUGUGGGAGGUCUGUCAUCAGCAGGCACAGGCUGGUUUGCCCAGAUUACAAGAGACCCUCCUCAACAAGGUUGUGUGUCUGCCUGACCACUUGUGCAACAAGCUCCAGGGGAAUAACCUGCCUAUAUUCUUCCCACAAAACUAUUUCCCUCUGCUGGCUACUGAAAUCAUCCAGGUGUUGCAGAGGAUCUCUGACUCGCUGAGAGGUGGCUUGGACUGUUCCAUCUCCUUUGUGUCUCAAGUGCUGGGGAAGGUAUGCGUGCAUGGGAGACAAAAAGAAAUUCUGAAUAUGUUGGUACCACGCCUAAUGGAUCUCACCAAGGUGGACUGCAUCUGGCAGAGGAUGUGCUGGCGACUGGUCGAGUGUGUGCCAGAUCGUUGGAUGGAAGCAGUGGUUUGUGGCUUUGUUCAGAAAGCACCAGGGGCGGAUGUCUUGUCUCGAUUACUGGGGAAUCUGGUUCUGAAAAACAAGAAAGCUCAAUUUGUGGUGACCCAAAAGCUGCUACUCCUGCAGUACAGCUACGCGACUGCAAUGCUACAGAAUCUCCUUGGAUACCUGGCCCUAGACAGCCUUCGACGUUCCUUAUUGAUCAAAGUGCUGAAAGAACUCCUGGAGACCUGGGGCAGCAGCAGUGCUGUGAAACACUCUCCAGUUGAGCAACAACUGUACGUUAGCAAGGCCAUCCUGAUCUGCCUUUCCCACCUGAAGGAGCCUGAAAUAGAGAGCAACGGACAAGAGCUUCUCACCAGCAUGAUGGGAGGGAUGAAAUGCCACCUGGACAGCAACUUGCCACGGGUUCGGCGUCUGGGAAUGAUCGUGGCAGAAAGCAUCAGUGCCAGAAUAACUGCAGAUGGGCCCAGUCUGAAAUUCCAGUAUGAAGAUGAUGAUGAGACCAGAGAGCUAAAGUCUCUCCUGAAGCAGACAGCACCACAACAACUCCCUGUCACUGACGUGCCAAAUGCUGGGAGUGACAUUUCAUCUGUUACACCAAAAGCUGUGUCAAAACCAAGUGGGAACCCAUACCCAGUAGCCCCUGCAGUGCCAGAGGACGGAUCUGACUUGGAGCUCGACAGCGAUGAUGACCUCAUCCCUCAUGACAUGUCCCAGGAUAAAGAGCUGAAGAAGAUGAAAGCUCCUGUCUAUAUCCGAGACUGUAUUGAAGUCCUAACUGGAUCUGAAGACGUGGACAAGUGGGAAGCUACAAUGAAGGUUUUGGAGAGUCUGAUUCGAAGGAAUUCAGCUACUACAAGAGAGGUGAGCAUGGAGUUGGCUAAAGUACUGCUGCACCUGGAGGAAAAGACCUACAUUGAGGGCUUUGUGGAGCUCCGUCAGAGAGCCCUAGUGGCUGUCACCAUCACAGAUCCAGUACCAGUAGCGCAGUAUCUGUCCUCCCAGUUCUAUUCCUUGAACUACAGUCUCUGUCAGCGCAUGGACAUUCUGGAUGUCCUAGCUUUGGCCGCUCAGGAACUCUCUCAGCCCCAGGCCUCUGGGAAAAAUAAGCCCUGGAGUGCCCAGAGUCCAUGCAUCCAGACCGUCCCUGGCAGUGACAGCUCCCAGGACUGGAGAAGGAUUGUGGAUGAGAGGAUCAAAAGCAAGACACGCCAUUUGGCGAAGGGUCAGUCUCUAGUGGAACCGGCUUGUGGCCCAAACAAAUUCAGUUCUUUAGCUGGACAUUUCUUCUUCCCCCUGAUUCAGAACUUUGACAGUUCAGCCAGACUUCACCAGAAAGCCAAGUCAGAAGUGCCCCUGGCCAGAUGGCCUCUGGUGACCUUUGACCUUUUGGGAGACGAUCACCUUGUGCUGGGAAGGCUGGUGCACACUCUGGCAAUCCUGAUGUACUUUGCCAUCCACGCUGUGGCAGCUGCUGCCAUGGGAAAGUCACUGCUGGAGUUUGUCUGGGCCCUGCGCUUCCACACAGACUCGUAUGUGCGUCAGGGCCUCCUGUCUGCAGUCUCCUCCAUCCUCCUCAGUGUCCCUAGUGAGCGGCUGCUGGAGGACAUGACAGACGAGUUCUUGGAGACCCAGUCCUGGCUGGCAGAUGUAGCAGAAAAGGACCCAGAUGGAGACUGCAGGAGGCUGGCCUGGCAGAACCUGCUGCUAAUGGAGAACCUGCUGAAGAAACUCAGAAGUAUCCCUUCCUAGUUGUAGGGGGGAAACUGAAAACAGAGGUGACCUCCACCUAACACACUUGCCAACUGGGUGUUCCUAGGUACUGCUGGGCCCCUUCACUAAUCACCUGGUUGGAGAAGAAAAGGGGAGCGGUGUAGAGCUAAAGCCAGGGAGCCCGACUUGACAUCUGGACUUUGUAGUGGGGGCUAACUCAAUGAGCUAUUUGCUAUCUGGUACUGAGUGUACAGAUGUAGGAAAGUGGACUAGUGCUGCCAUCCUCUCUGCACGUCCCCCUCUCCAACACACUCUGCACCAGCUAUUUAUAGCCUUGGCAAAUUUUAAAUGUUCAGCUAAAAAUAUAAUGAAGACCUCACAUAAGACUUCUCUUUAUGAAAACAGGAGGAGUGGACGUGGCCAUUUACCUCAUGGGGCCAGCUCUAUGGCAUCCCUCUAGUGAAGGGUUGAGGGUCUCCCAGCAGUCAGCCUUUGGCAAACUAGUUACCAACCUCCUGGGAGGGAUCAUAGAAGAUUAGGGUUGGAAGAGACCUGAGGAGGUCAUCUAGUCCAAUCCCACCUAAAUCACCCCAACCAGGGCUUUGUCAAGCCUGGCCUUAAAAACCUCUAAGGAUGGAGAUUCCACCACCUCCCUAGAUAACCCAUUCCAGUGCUUCACCACCCUCCUAGUGAAAUAGUGUUUCCUAAUAUCCAACCUAAACCUCCCCCAUUGCAACUUGAGACCAUUGCUCCUUGUUCUGUCAUCUGCUACCACUGAGAACAGCCGAGCUCCAUCCUCUUUGGAACCCCUCUUCAGGUAGUUGAAGGUUACUAUCAAAUCUCCCCCUUACUCUUCUCUUCCGCAGACUACACAAGCCCAGUUCCCUCAGCCUCUCCUUGUAAGUCAUGUGCUCGAGCCCCAAUCAUUUUUGUUGCCCUUGGCUGGACUAUCUUCAAUUUGUCCACAUCCUUUCUGUAGUGGGGGGCCCAAAACUGGACACAGGACUCCAGAUGUGGCCUCACCAGUGCUGACUAGAGGGGAACGAUCACUUCCCUUGAUGUGCUGGGAAUGCUGCUGCUACUACUACUACUACAGCCCAAUAUGCUGUUGGCCUUUUUGGCAAUGAGGGCACACUGCUGCCUCGUAUCCAGCUUCUCGUCCACUGUAAUCCCCAGGUCCUUUUCUGCAGAACUGCUGCUUAGCCAGUCGGUCCCCAGCCUGUAGCAAUGCAUGGAGUUCUUCCAUCCUAAGUGCAGGACUCUGCACUUGUCCUUGGUGAACCUCAUCAGAUUUCUUUUGGCCCAAUCCUCCACUUUGUCUAGGUCACUCUGGACCCUAUCCCUACCCUCUAGCAUAUCUGCCUCUUCCCCCCAGCUUAGUGUCAUCCGUGAACUUGUUGAGAGUGCAAUCUAUUCCAUCAUCCAGAUCAUUAAUAAAGAUAUUGAACAAAACUGGCCCCAGGCCCUACCCCUGGGGCACUCUGCUUGAUACCAGCUGGCAACUAGACAGCGAGUUGUUGAACCCAACAACUAGCCAGCUUUCUAUCUAGCUUAUAGUCCAUUCAUCCAAUCCAUACUUUUUUGUUGUUGUUGGCAGGAAUACUGUGGAUUGAGUGGUUCGUUGUAAAGGAUGAUUCUAGUCAAGAGUUACACAUUGUGAACAUCCCCAGUGGGCUCCUGCGUAUUGACAAUGUGCAUAAUCUUAGAGCAGAGACUCGGUCCACCAGGGUUGGUGUGGGGGAGGCAGGGCUCUAGUUUCUAGUUACACGGUGUCUUUUUCCUCAGGUGUGAAUAAUCUUAAUAUGGUUGGAAGCUGCAAGCAGAGGAAGGAGAUUGAGCACUUCACAUGCUACAGUCUAUACUAGCAUUCUAUUAAAGAGAAACUUGCUGAAAGCUGGA